CUUUCAGAUUUGAAAAUAUAUAUAUAUAUUGCUGGUCUCAUCCAGACUGUCACGAUGCCGCCGACAAGCGACACAUACAAAAGACCUGGUGCACAGAGUUCUCUCGUCUCCAAUAGAUAGCACUCAUCCCAGUCAGUGCCUGCAAGGGCUGUCAUGCUCGUCAAAAGACCGAAACCUCACCAAGCCCUCCUGGAUCACUCUUAACCACGACCUAUCCCUGAGCACGUCAAUGCGGAAUGCAUCAGGCAGCGACGGCGGGUGAGAGGGGGCAGGUGCAGCUGCCGCCCACUGCUUGCCGUCCCACCGCACUGUCUGCGGCACGAAGAAGGAGAGAUACCACUCGCCGCCAUCCCACCUGCAAUGCAGACACACAGAUGUGAUAACAUACCUGUAGGAGCAUUUUUCCUCUCCCACACUUACGUUAGGUUGAGGGCAGGUUGGUCGUGGCCACUCUCCUUCUGCAAGGGCCUCAAUGUGACGAAGAAUGGCUGUGGCUGUGGCUUCCUCAGCUCGGCGCCGAUGAGGCGCUGUAUCUCUACCAGCGGCACGUCGAACGGCCGGAAGGGCGGCGAAGUGGGCGAGGGGGCCGUCCACCGAGGCGGACAGAUCCACAAUGCCGCCUCAAGACCAACCUGCAGCCACAAACCACGCAUCCACGUGUGCAUAUGACUGGCUCAGUCCGUCGGUGCUCACCUCAUCGAGAUAUCUGCGAAUGUCGGGCCUGUAGUACUCAGCGAGGUCGACUUGAAAGCUCCUCAGCGACGUGAGAUUGGUCUCCAUGACGCGAUAGCUCUGCCCCGCCCCGCUCCACCCGAGCAUGCCCACAUUCCUCGCCAGCGGCAGCAGAGUGUUGGGCCGCCCGCCCUCGCUCCGCAGGUUGGAAAACAUGGCAAGCGCCGGAUAGGUCCGCAGACCGAGGUACGGGCUCAGACCCCAGAACCACACAAUGCCACUCGACAGCCUGGUAACCCACGACAGGCUUCUUGGCUCCUUGGCAGCCCUCUUUGCUGAUGGAGGGGGGGAGGGAAUGGGGGAGGGGGCGACGAUGAGGGCAGCGAGCUGACAGAUAGACACCGUCACGACCCAGGUCACUCCCACAGGAAAUAAGUUGUAGUUGGGAUACUCGAAGUAAGGCCCUUUCGGCACGAACGCAUAGACGAUCGCAGCCACAGCAGCACCAACCGCCAGGGCCACAUAGCCGCCCCCGAGCCUCUCCAUGGCCCUCUCGAACACACGCGGCCGCACCAGCACAUAAAAGCACAUCAUGCAGAUGGAGAAGGGAUAGAAGGACGCAGGCGGGGGCGGCACGGCGAGGAAGAUGUGAAAUCCCAGGCCCAUCAGCAUGCCGAUUUCUCGAGAGCGCUCGAACCAGAAGCAUGCAGAGAUGGCCGUCUCGCCGAUGAGGGCGCCCCAGUGCGCGUGACGCAGCAUGAACUUGACGACAGACGAGUGGAUCAAGGAAGCGGGCAGGUACUGCUUGACCACGAUAGCCAGCACCUGGUUAGCACAGCUCCUGCGGGCCACCAGGAAGUCGGUGUUGAACUUGUGCAGAGCGGCCACCGUGUACAGCGAUGCCAUCUGGUAGCCCAGCACGUGGGCCAGCUCCCUCUGCAUGUCCUUUCGCCGUUUCUUGUUCGUCAUGCCGAGCACCACCACAGCAACCACAGAGGCAGCGAAGCACAUCUCUGUUAGGAUGUGGUUUGACAGCGGGCCGAGAACAAAGUCGUAGACGAGGGAGAGCGCCGUGCUGGCCAAUAAGAGGGGCAGCCGGGACGGCAGCACCAGCAGGGAAGCGUUGACAAGGGCCACACAGAGGGGAAUGAUGCGAUGCAGAUCCACAAAAGGAACACGGGUCACUGCCAGACACACAGACCGACACACACACGGGCAUCAUGAAGCAUGCAGAUUCGUGCUCAUUACCUCCGUUGGCAGCCACUGCUGCGUGCAGUGCAGCACUGGGCGUCAGAUCUUUCACCACGUGCAGCAGCUGGGUGGACGCCCAUAAGAAGGCGAACACAGCGAGGCCAUCCGUCGAUUUCAUCACUGCAGGCAUCACGCAGCAGCCAGGAGGCGACACACGAAGCCAAAACAGUCCGAAGAAAGCUCCCUUUCCU